GUGUCGCUGGAUGACAUUUGUGACGCGCCAAGGCAACUGCAACUAUCUAAGGCUGCCUGCAGAAACAGUUUUGCGUCCUAGACCGUCGUGACCGACUAGCCGCGCACCUAAGCGCCGACUAAGGCCAACUAGUUAACGUCAGUGUAUAGAGAGCAUGCAUUUGUCAUGUAAUGAAACUAUCUAAUUGCCCGGCCUUGUCUUGAGCUAUGGGCGGCUCCCCAGGGACCUUUUUGCACCGGGCUGGGGAGGGCAGAAAAGACCGAAAGCUCUAGGGGCUGGGGACCUAGGCAUCUCCCCAGGAACAAUUUGUAAUCAACCGCGAUGGCAGCACAGCUCUCCCGGGCCUCAAAAGCGUGCUGCCAAUGCCCGGCUUUCGCUCGCUGCCCAUCGCGCGCCCGGCACUCUCCUUUACGACCACUUGGCACCCCUCGCCAGCCAUAGUAAGCAGCCCCUGUACACAUAUGCGCUAUACACUACCCCGCUACACAUGAUAUAGCUCCCCGGCACUAGUGGGGGCCGCCCGCGUUGCCCGUCAUGCUCAGUGCAAAGACAGUUACGCGCCAGACAGGAACGGCGCCUGCUGAUGACACUCAGACUAGUGACGAGCUUGAGGAGGAUCUUGAGCAGUCUGGCGAGGAGUCUAGCGACGUGUCUAGCGAGGAGGAUGGAAAGGAAAUGCGGAAGCUACACCGCGGAGCUCGGGGGAGGGUUCAGCGCGCCGAAGCCAACCUCAACGGCAUGGUCGAGGCGUAUGCCGCUCGGGGGGUCAAGGGCCUGCGGAUGAAGCGGCUUGCUGGCUUUGCGCUCCUGGUGUCCCUUCCCUCCAACCCGCACCCAUUUGUGGCGUAUGGUGGCUACCUGAAGAACGCCACGGGACGGAAGAUAUUGGCGCAGUUCGUGCGGCAGGCAAACGCGCUGCAAGAAGUGAUGGCUCCACAACAGCUGCUGAUUGUGCCCAAGAAGAACGGCCGGCGGAUAAGGACCCUGGAGGCACCAUCAGACUUCAAGCGCCGGUGGGGCCGGCAGGCCUGGGCUGCUCUGGAGUCGGUGCUCUCGCGCCGUGUGCUGCAGGAGCUGGUGGCAAGCGGUGCAGUGGUACUCGUUGCCUCCGGGGGGGACGAGGGGGCUGCAGAGCAGGGCACGGCAGCAGUGACAGGGCGGGACACAGCGGCCGCGGUGGAGCAGGGCGCCGCAGCAUCAGGAGGGGAUGACGGUGGUGCGGGGGCGCAGGAGGGCCAGGCUGGGUCGCCACAGGGCUGGGCAUGCUGGACGGAUGGGCUGUGCAAUGGUGGGGCGCGCCCAGCAGGCAAGGAGUACAAGCUCUGGGCGGUGGGGUCGGAGGGAGAGUGCAAGUGCGGUGGCAGCUGCCGGCUGUUCCGCGAGGCCCUGGACUGGCCGACGUCCAUUGCCCUGAUCCAGUGGUCCAAGGACUGCUACUCGGCGACCAACACGGUCAACGACGCGCUCAUCAGCCUCGCCUGCAAGCAAUGCCCGGACUAUGCGGCCGAGCACAAGGCGGCAAAGAAGUCGCGCAAGGCAGCGGAGGUUGCAGAGGCGGCGGCGCAAAGCAAGACUGCCGCCCGCGGCAAGCUCGAGCGCGCAAAGAAGGAGCAGGCGGAGCUGGCGGCUGACAUCGAUGAUGACGAUGACGACGAUGACAAGGAGGAGGAGGAGGCCGGGGACGCGGUGGGCCAGGCGGCGGGGGCCUCUGGUGUGUACGACCCGGAGCGGCUGAAGACUGCUUUCGAGCAGUACAACAUGGCUACCAAGGCCAAGGGCCUCGCACUGCUCCGCGACAAACUCGGCGGUACCAAGGCACAGCUGGAGCAGGCACUGGGCAGCCUGGGCCUGACAUUCAAGCAGCCAACGGACCGCCAGGCGGACGAGAUGUGCCAAGUGUACGUGCGGCUGCGCGAGGAGGGCCGCACCAACCAGGAGGCCAUCACGGAAGUCGUCACCGUGCUGACGGCACCUGGUGGUUCCUGGAAGGGGGACAUGAUCAGGCGUGUGCUGGUCGCGAACAACAAAUUCACCAAGGACAAGCCCGGACCGAAGCCAACGAAGCGUUCUGUCGUUAAGCCGCGCAAGGGGAACCGCAAGCGGGGCUCCAGCUCGAGCAUCGUCAGCGGUGGCAGCACCGGCGGUGCAGGCCACACCAGCGGUGGAGGCAGCACCGGCGGUGGAGGCAGCACCGGCGGUGGAGGCAGCAUCAGCGGCGGAGGCAGCGCCAGCGGUGGAGGCAGCGCCAGUGGCGGCAGCAGCUCCAGUGGGGACGGCUGCACCAGCAGUGGCGACAGUGCUGGGCGUGCCCAGCGUGCCAAUGGUGGAGGCAUUGGUGGAACCGGGAGCAGCGGAAACACGGAGCACAUGGCGGCACCCCAGGCUGCCCGCCCGCAGCGCGCCGGAAAGGGUGCGAAGCUGUCGGCGCUGCUGGCCGCGGAGCACGGACGGAGGCCCAGGAGCGGCGCAUAGACGUAGCCAGGUGACUGCAGUUAGCAUCAUGCGCCAACGCCGUUGAGUUGUGUUUGGGGCGCGCCGCGGAGACCUAGCCGCGGCGCAUAGACGUAGCCAGGUGAUUGCAGUUAGCAUCAUGCGCCAACGCCGCUGAGUUGUGUUUGGGGCGCGCCGCGGAGACCUAGCCGCGGCGCGAAGACGUAGCCAGGUGAUUGCAGUUAGCAUCAUGCGCCAACGCCGCUGAGUUGUGUUUGGGGCGCGCCGCGGAAGCCUAGCCGCGGCGCAUAGACGUAGCCAGGUGACUGCAGUUAGCAUCAUGCGCCAACGCCGCUGAGUUGUGUUUGGGGCGCGCCGCGGAAGCCUAGCCGCGGCGCAUAGACGUAGCCAGGUGACUGCAGUUAGCAUCAUGCGCCAAGGCCGCUGAGUUGUGUUUGGGGCGCGCCGCGGAAGCCUAGCCGCGGCGCAUAGACGUAGCCAGGUGACUGCAGUUAGCAUCAGGCGCCAAGGCCGCUGAGUUGUGUUUGGGGUGCGCCGCGGAGACCUAGCCGCGGCGCGAAGACGUAGCCAGGUGAUUGCAGUUGGCAUCAGGCGCCAACGCCGUUGAGUUGUGUUUGGGGCGCGCCGCGGAGACCUAGCCGCGGCGCGAAGACGUAGCCAGGUGACUGCAGUUAGCAUCAGGCGCCAACGCCGCUGAGUUGUGUUUGGGGCGCGCCGCGGAAGCCUAGCCGCGGCGCGAAGACGUAGCCAGGUGACUGCAGUUAGCAUCAUGCGCCAACGCCGCUGAGUUGUGUUUGGGGCGCGCCGCGGAGACCUAGCCGCGGCGCGAAGACGUAGCCAGGUGACUGCAGUUAGCAUCAGGCGCCAAGGCCGCUGAGUUGUGUUUGGGGCGCGCCGCGGAAGCCUAGCCGCGGCGCAUAGACGUAGCCAGGUGACUGCAGUUAGCAUCAUGCGCCAAGGCCGCUGAGUUGUGUUUGGGGCGCGCCGCGGAAGCCUAGCCGCGGCGCAUAGACGUAGCCAGGUGACUGCAGUUAGCAUCAUGCGCCAACGCCGCUGAGUUGUGUUUGGGGCGCGCCGCGGAGACCUAGCCGCGGCGCAUAGACGUAGCCAGGUGAUUGCAGUUAGCAUCAGGCGCCAAGGCCGCUGAGUUGUGUUUGGGGUGCGCCGCGGAGACCUAGCCUUGUUCAAUGCUAUUCUGCGACUUACAGCUCCAUUGGCCGACCUCGACCAAACCGGGUGCCGGCUGGGACCCGCCACAACCCCGCCCUAGCGGACAUGUCUGAGCA